AUGUCUGUUGAAGAAGAAGAAGAAACCAUGCUCUCAAAUACAACUGUACAUAAAAGAGGUAGACCCAGAAAGAGUCCAUCAGCAGCACAGAAACAAACACCUCCUCCUUCUAUUCUACAGCAACUAAAUACCCAAACACAACAACAGCAAGCGACUGAAAAGGGCCCUUUUGAUAAACCUAGAGAAGAGCUUUCCUACAAGGAUUUCUUCCCUGAUUUAGACAUAAGAGAGCCAUUAGCCAUCAUCAAGGUACCAGAAUCGUCAUUCAAACAGACUGUUCACCAUACACCAUCUGCGCCCACACCAAAAUCACCCUCCAUUGAUGAAUACGAAACAGCGUCAGAGGGGGAGUCUUCCUCUGCAGCGGCAAUAGCGAUGGCGACGGUAGCAAAUCCAUUGCAUAAGUUACCUAUACCGUCUUAUCAAAAGAUCAAGCCACAAAAGCAAAAGAACAAAAAGGAAGAAACUGGUGUUGUGCAGGCAUUUCAUCGUCCUGAGAACCAUUACAUUCGCUAUACUGAACCGUCAGAAUCUGAACUAUUUACCACCAUUGAAUACGACAUGGAUGAGCAAGACGAAGUAUGGUUGCAGAUAUACAACAAAGAGCGCAGAAAAGAAAAUUCAGGUCAAAUCUCAGGCGAGCUAUUUGAAGCCAUCAUUGAUCAGUUGGAAAAAGAGUGGUUUAAUUUGAUUAAAAACCUGCCCAAAAAGACAGCAGAGGAUCCCAUUUUGCCUGAAGACUCAAAAUGUGCAGUGUGCGAUGAUGGAGAAUGCGAGAACAGCAACGCCAUUGUAUUCUGUGAUGGAUGUAAUCUAGCAGUGCAUCAAGAUUGUUACGGCAUCCCAUAUAUCCCCGAAGGACAAUGGCUAUGUAGAAAAUGCAUGGUAUCACCAGAGAAUCCAGUGUCGUGCAUAUUCUGUCCUGGUGAAGGUGGCGCGUUCAAGCAAACCACAACCAAUCAAUGGGGCCACUUGCUCUGUGCUGUGUGGAUUCCUGAAGUCAGUUUGAGCAACAGUGUCUACAUGGAACCGAUUGAUAACAUUGAAAGUGUGCCCAAGAGUCGAUGGAAGCUUAGCUGUUACAUUUGCCGUCGUCGUCAUGGCGCUUGUAUUCAGUGCGAUAACAAGCAUUGCUUUGUGGCAUUUCAUGUUACCUGUGCAAGAUGGGCUCGACUCUGUAUGCGCAUGAAAUUGCACGGCACGCAUUAUGAUGGUGUUGUCUUGAAGGCUUACUGUGAUCGACAUACACCUCGCGAUUACAAAGAGACGGUGGAUGUGGAUGCUAAUUUGGCAGCAGCGCAGCAGUGGUUUAUAGAACACAAGCACGUGAUGCCUCGUAGACGCUAUGUAGAUGAGGAAGAGGACGAUGCGUAUGAUUACAAUGUGCAGCAGCAGAAAACCAAAUUACUGCCCACCUCGAAGGCUGCGAGAGCUCAUCAACAUCAGUAUACAGCAGGCGCACCUAUCGCCCCUGAAUAUGUGCUGGAUAAAUUGGAAAACCUGCCUUGUGUACGACAAGCCAAGAUCAAAAAAAAGAACAAUCUAAUUGCUAGCAUUUGUCGAUACUGGUCCUUGAAGCGUGAGUCGAGACGUGGAGCACCCUUACUGAAGCGACUUCACCUGGAGCCAUGGACAGCAUCGUCAUCCGAAUUGAAGCAAUCUGAAGUGGAAAAAGCACAAAAAGCAUCUUCCAUGAUGAGUCUACGAGCAGAUUUGGAAAAAGUGAGAAUGCUGACAGAACAAGUGCAGAAGCGAGAAAGACACAAGCUGGAUCGAGUUCGCAAACAGAAAGCCUACCUUGAAAUGAUACUCUAUCCUGUGGAGUUCAUUGUGCAUCCCAUAUUACGACAGCUGAUGGCCAUGGACAAAAAGGAGUUCUUCAGGUAUCCAGUGUCUCUGGAUCUAGCGCCAGAUUAUUACGAAGUGAUUGAGGAACCCAUGUCGUUUUCAGAGAUACAAGAAAAGUUGGCCUUGCAUCAGUACUCUACAGUGGAUGAAUUUGAGUAUGAUUUGAAUCUGAUCUGGAAGAACUGUUUAUUUUACAACAAGAAGGAGACGCUUUACUACAGAUUGGCUCAAAAACUCCAGAAACAAGCAGAAGAGUUGCUCGUGGAAGCGCAUGAAGACUUUAAAGCACUUCAAAUUCGCAAUGAAUCUGGUGCGUUGGAUGUCGAUAUUGAUCCCGAUAUUUUCGACUAUGGAUUACCCCCAGGAUACACAGCACCGCCUUUCCCACCACCAUUAGUGCCCUUGGCGACUACUACAGAAAAGGAACAUGUGCCUGAUCUGAGCAGUGUCAGUAGUUUGAGUAGCGCCAUCGACUUAUCUCAGAGCACAAGCAGUUCAAGUAGUACCAAUGAUAGCAACCAGCAUGCAACAGCGCACAGAAAGAGAGCUGCUAGUGAUGAAGAUUCGCCAGAUAGUAUCAAAAAGCGCACUCGAUCAGGCAUCAAAACAGCCCAGACUUUCGAUUCACGUUCAUUGCGAUCACGACGAGCGGAACAAACCGAACCCGAAUUGUCCUCUACACCCUCACUGUCACCCUCUACUUCCGCUACCACCUCUCGAAAGCGCAAACGCACGACUUCGCCCACACAAUCUGAAUUGCCAUCAUCUAUGCCUAUCGCAUCCACAACGCCGAAAACCAAGGUUCAACUCAAACGUACCAGAAAAAUCUCAUCAUCUUUAUCACAGCCAAGGCUGAAAACAAUUGAUACCUACUUUAAGAGGCAAUCCAAGGAAGGAAAUCCACCAGCAAAAUCAACCACCACCACCACCACAAAUAAAUCCGAUAGAAAGCUGAGAGACGCAUCAGGCUCAACCUUACCACCACCUUCAUCCGCCAAACCACCUACUACAGUCAAAUUCACAGACGGAGAACUUGUUUGGGCCCGUGUAAGAGGCUUUCCACCACAUCCAGCAAGCAUUGUUGAUCCCAAACAUACCAAAAAGAAGAUUCCUGAUAAUGUGCUUGCGCUCACAAAGACAGACAAACUUCAUGUGCUUGUUGAAUUCUUUGAAGUGAGUGAUUCACACAUGUGGGGCUGGAUCGACAAAACCGAAAUCAAUCCAUUUGGUUACCUUGAGAAAGACAAGGAAAUGCUGCUGUCAGCCAAAAGAAGCAAAAAGCCAGGCCGUAUCAAGGAAGUCAAGAAGGGCUAUAAAUAUGCUUGUAAUUUAGCUCAUAUUGAUGCCACCGUUGCUCUUGCUGCCAUUUUCGCAAAAUUCUAA